AUGGGAUGUGGUAAGCCGGUAUUCACAGAUCGUAUCGUCGGAGGUACAAAUGCUCUGCAGGGGAAGUGGCCUUGGCAGGUCAGCAUUUUCUACAGUAAUCGUCACAUCUGCGGAGGGUCACUGGUCUCUGACAAAUGGGUGGUGUCAGCUGCACAUUGUUUCGAUGACCUCAAUGUUUUGAACUACAUCGUCUUUCUAGGCUGCCAAAAUCUCACAAAACUGGACACUGCCCCAGCUGUAUCGAGAAAUUUGACAACUAUUCUCAUUUACCCCAUGUACCAGGGAGAAGGGGGAAGUGGGGACUUGGCAUUAUUGGAACUAAAGAGUCCUGUGACAUUAAACAAUUAUAUUUUGCCAAUAUGUGUCCCUCCCUCGGAUCUGUACUUUCCAAGUGGGAAGAUGUGCUGGGUGACUGGCUGGGGAGACACCCAAACCGAUGUUCAACUGACCCCUCCAUAUACACUGCAGGAGGUGGAAGUGCCUCUUAUAAACGCAUCUACGUGUAACAAUAUGUACAGCAUCACUUUUGGGUUCGAUCCUUCAAUUAAGCUGAUAGAAGAUGAUAUGGUUUGUGCAGGAUACCCUGAGGGCCAGAAGGACUCAUGCCAGGGAGACUCUGGGGGCCCCUUGGCAUGUAAAUCGGACAAGUAUUGGUAUUUGACUGGAAUUGUUAGCUGGGGAGAAGAAUGUGCAGGUGCCAAUAAACCUGGAGUCUACACGAAUGUCUCUGUGUUUUAUUCCUGGAUACAAGAAAAAAUUAAAGUUCUCACUUCAACUACUUCUCCUACGAGCAGCUCCAACAUGCAGACAAUGCUCCAUGAAGACCUGAAUUACACGGCUAAUGGUACCAUGAGUAUGUCUGUAGAGCCAACAAGAGCCUUCUAUAAUGUAACCUUAAAUGAUCACUCAGAGUAUGAGAGCCUAACAGGAACUGGGGAAUAUCACCAGGCUUUUGUGAUCCUUUCACUUUUCUUUACCCUCCUGAAUGUUUUCAUAAAUGUUAGCAUUUUAUGAUCCUGCUAAAGUGAAGCUAUCACUACUCAAGGAUGACCUCCAUAGAUUAUUGUUGCUGUCAUAAACUACUUACUGCACUCUGGGCUAGCUUUACUAACUUUGGAGAAGUUGGUGAGAUGGGAGACGGAAUACAAUGGAUGACCUCAUUAUCACUCUCCAAAAAAUAAAAAAAAUGAUGGAUACUGGAAGUAAUGAACUGUUCAGGAUCUGGAACCAUAACACAAUGUACAACAUGGUGACACUCUGCUCUGAUUAGGAUUCCUUCUGUAAAAAUUGAAUAAAACACUUACUUAUGCACCUA